AUGGAAAAAGUAGUUGCACCAGCUGGAUCGAACGAAGAGACAAGGCCGUCACAAUUGCUCAAUUCACGCGUGUCAAUAGUAGACCACUUUACGGCUAAGGGCGACGAAUUGAGCAUGACUUCAGGUCCACGUUCGUCGAAAGGGACGCUAUUGCGGAGACCGUCUACAGUGACCGACCCGAGCGAUCGAUUUCUGCCAAUCAAAAUCCAUGGCGUGCAAUUGCGGGUUUUUAUCGGCGACAUCCUGAUGGAAGGCGAGCUUACAAAAAAAGGCGCGUCUUUACUAUACACCUGGACCAAUCGCAUGGUCGUGCUACGUGGACACAUUUUGUCGUAUUAUUCUAUUACUAGACAACAGCGGUACGGGACGCUACAAGGGACUUACAAUAUCGCAAAUGCAACUAUAACACGUCCAGACAACCUGUCGUUUUGUCUACAGCUCGUCAACGGCUCUACUUGCAGUUUUGGCGCUUGCAAUGUCCAGACCCUUAUGGACUGGAUGACAGCAAUUGCAAUAGCUGCCGACGCUCUCAUUGUAAAGCCACCAACGGAGUUGUCAUUAGUUGAUCACAGCCGCACGACGCAUAUUUUGCUAGUGCGUCACGGGCAUUAUGCCAGUUCAGAGAAACCUGCUACGGAUGUGCAAGGAUCAUUGACGGAAUUGGGGCUCGAGCAAGCCCGUGCAACAGGAGCGUUUUUGUACAAUUACCUUGCCGAGAGGAUGGUAAUGAAGCGUUUGUCCAAGGUAUCGGUGUACCACAGCGGCAUUCGACGGGCCGUUGAGACCGCUGAACGGAUUGAAGCUGCUUUUCCUGAAGGCUAUCUGCAGCUCGUUGAAAGCAAGUUAUUCCGUGAAGCUUGGCCGGGCAAUCCGCUACCGACUGGCAAACGCCAACAAUUGACAAGAGAGAGGCUGGAUAAUAUGGUAUCGGACUGUGCCCGGCUGAAAGUGGCGUAUCGUAUCAUGUUUCGACACUUGAUUCCGCAGGAUCUAGAGGCAGACGAGCGUGAGUUGAGCGAAGAGGACCAGAAGCACACUGGGUGUGGACCCGGAUGGCAUGUUGGCCAUUUGAAGACGACAGAGCUUUCAGAUGUAUAG